GAUCCGAUCCCCCCGCUCCCGAACAACCCCAGCACAGCCCUCGCCCAGCCGCCGGCUGCCCAGCUCAGUGCUCUCCCUUUCCCUGCAGCCACCAGGAUGGCCGAGGUGACCACUGUCCCCAUGGAGACACACACUGUCCCAAGUGAGUACGGGGACUACCACAACUUGUCCGAGCUCUUCUACCUCCUGAACCACACCUACACCUACUGUGAGUUCAGCCUGGAUGAGAACAUCAAGCGAGUGAUUCUCUUCAUCCUCUACCUGGUCAUCUUCGUGGUGGGCUUGGUGGAGAACCUCCUCGUCAUCUGGGUCAACUGGCAGACACGGGGCAACAAGAGCUUGGUCAACCUGUACAUCAUCAACAUGGCCAUCGCUGACCUCGGGGUGCUGCUCUCGCUGCCCAUCUGGAUGCUGGAGGUGAUGCUGGAUUACACCUGGCUCUGGGGCAGCUUCCUCUGCCGCUUCACCCACUACUUCUACUUCGCCAACAUGUACGCCAGCAUCUUCUUCCUCACCUGCCUGAGCGUGGAUCGCUACGUGACCCUGACCAGCUCCUCCUUCUUCUGGCAGCGGCACCAGCACCGCGCGCGCCGCGUGGUCUGCGCCUGCAGCUGGGUCCUGGCCGCCGCCAUCCCCGUCCUGGAGGUGGCUCACAUGCAGCUGGUCAACACCGGGGAGCCCAUCUGCAUCUUCAUGGCCCCCUUCGAGACCUACGACGAGUGGGCGCUGGCGGUCAGCUUGGCCACCACCACCAUCGGCUUCCUCAUCCCCUUCCCCAUCAUCGCGGUGUUCAACGUGCUGACGGCGCGGUUCAUCCGGCGCACCAAGCCGGAGAGCCGCAAGCACUGCCUGCUCAUCUACGCCUACAUCGGGGUGUUCCUGCUCAGCUGGCUGCCCUUCCACGCCGUGCUGACGCUGCUCACCCUCGAGGGCAACCACAUCGUCCUGCACUGCACCUUCGCCCACUUGCUCUACUUCUUCUACGACAUCAUAGACUGCUUCACGCUGCUCCACUGCGUCGUCAACCCCAUCCUCUACAACUUCCUCAGCAAGAACUUCCGCAGCAAACUCAUCUCUGCCGUGGUCAAGUACAUCCCGAAGGACCACGGCGGCCAGAAGGGCGCCGGCAACUCCUCCUCCAGCACGCAGCACUCCAUAGUCAUCGCGAAGGACAACAGCCCUCCCAACUAAGGGGGGGUCAGACUCUCCCAGCCUCCGCCGUGGUGGCUCCCCGGGGACAGCGGGAUCGGUUUUCCUGCUGCUGAGGACACAACUUGCUUGGGCACAGCCCUUCUUGGCUGGGCACCUCCCGUGGCAGGUUGAGGUGCCAGGUUUGAGGAGAGCUGGGAGCUACGGACAUCUUGCCUCUGGAGUGCUGCUGUGUCCAGCCUAAAGAAAGGAUAAGAGAAAAUUGUAUUUCCUCUUUGACAAGAGAAACCCUUGCAAUAAUAAAGCCUGUUACUCCACUCGGUGUCUGACACAACCCAACCCCAAGAUCAGAGCCCCAUCCUGCCCCAAGCUGUGGGGUUGGAGUGCACCAUCUGCCCCAUCACGGGCGUUCCUGCAUCCUCAAACUGCCCCUGACCCCCAGCCCUGGGCACGGCACUGCCUGGUGAGAGCCAUCCCGGGUGGGAGAGAAGGAAUCCUCCCUUUGGAACACAAAACUCCCCCCACAGUGCCCAGCAACGUCCAGAGCCUGAUUUUUGACAGAUGAAGGCGAAGCAGCCCAAGGGGCUGAGCAGGGCACAGAUCUGAGGGGGGGAACAACUUGGAUUUGAGAUCAACCACUCCUUCAGAGCAAUUUUGCAAACCCGCUUGUAAAUUAGUAAGGGCUAAACUGAGUUUUACUCCAGACUGAUUUUUGGUCCCCCAUCCCAUUAACUCCAGCCUCCUCUGGAGCAUCCCUGGCAGGAUUUUAUGGCCACUGGAUACAUUUCUGAACUCCAUCAGGCCCCAACAGCCCUUCCCCUUCCACCAAAGUCCCUGUGGGAGCAUGGGCACGUGCAGAAAACCUCAGAGCUGGAGCACGGGCUGGGCUUGUGCUGUGCAAGGAACUGGAGCAUCCGGAGAAAGUUCAUCCUUGUCUGGAUCCUGAUCCCAGUCACGUGCUGUGGGUCAGGCCCUCGCUGGGGGAAGGUGACAGAGCGACCAUAAAUCUACCAAAGGCCUUGAGCUGCUCGAGGAACGCGUCGUGAAAAAAGCAAAGCAUAAGCAGUUCUGGGGACAGGAUGCUGGCACAGGGGUGGGAGCAGGAUGUCCCGGGAGAAGCCCAUGGCCAGGGGUUGAGACGGAUACGGGGUUAUCACGGGGCUGGCUGGGAAAGCUCUGCCACUUCCAGGGGUCCCUGAUGGGGUAAAAACCCUAAAUUCCUCAGGGUUCCUUCUGCAGGGAUGUUCCUCUGUGUCCCGGGACAGGAGCACUGAGGGAACAAUCCAAAUCCACAGAAACCCUGGGAAGGCUCCAGCCCCCUGGUCAGAAUUCCCUGCUCAGGGCAGCAGCUCAGGCCGUUCCCCUUCUCUGCUCCUCACACCUGUGAGUGCAGAACCCCCGGGGCUGUGAGACCCCCAGGCUGAGAUCUGCACCCUCAGGACCCCACCACCUUCAUUCCCCGAUCCCAAAUCCUCCCUGAGCUUCCCUUUGCUAAUUCCCUCCCAUUUCCAAGGAAGAAAUGGAUGAUAAAUAAACAACCAGCCACUCAGCAGGGCAAAAAUAUAUUCAAGAUACUUAAACAUGUAAAAUUUGGUAUUUUACCUAAUAAACUUAAUUUUUAACUGUC